UCGUCUCUCUCUCUCUCUCUCUCUCUCCAGGGUGAAACCCUAGCUGUUGCUGGUGGAGGCAGUGCCUCCAUCAAAUUAUGGGACACUGCCACAUGGAAACUUGAGGCCACCCUCCCUGUCCCCCGUCCUGAGACUCCCAAGCCUGCAACCUCCCCAGCUGACAAGGCUGCUGCCAAAUUCAUCCUCUCCAUCGCCUUCAGCCCUGAUGGCAAGCGCCUCGCAUGCGGCACAAUGGAUGGAGCCAUCUCCAUCUUCGAUGCAAAUUCUAGAAAGUUCCUCCACCACCUUGAGGGCCACUUCAUGCCCAUUCGCUCCUUAGUGUUCUCACCAGCUGAUCCUCGUAUUCUCUUCUCUGCCUCUGAUGAUGGCCAUAUUCACAUGUAUGAUUCAGAUGGGAAGACCCUUGUGGCCUCCAUGUCAGGCCAUGCCAGUUGGGUUCUUAGUGUUGAUGCAAGCCCUGAUGGGGUGGCUGUCGCCUCAGGUUCAAGUGAUCGAACGGUGAGGCUUUGGGAUUUGUCAAUGAGGGCGGCAGUUCAGACCAUGUCGAGCCAUGGAGAUCAGGUUUGGGGGGUUGCGUUUAGGCCUCCAGGUGGGACAGGUGUGAGAGCAGGGAGGCUUGCGAGUGUUUCAGAUGAUAAGAGCGUGGGUUUGUAUGACUAUUCGUGAAAGUGGGUUCAAGAAUGUAAUUAAAUGUGGAAUCGGUUGAAGGUGCAUUCAAGCAUAGGUUGGCCUCUCUAGGUUUUGCAGAGAUGCUUGUGGGUUGUGACUUUUGACCCAUGUUGAGCUAGGUUCUUGUUGAUGUAGCAAUGGCAAAGAGGACUGGAACGUUUUUCGCUUUUUUCCUGGUAGGGAAGGUAGGUUUGAGCUUGUCGGUUGGUUGGGUGGUGCGUGUGGUUGUGAGCUUGAGGUUGUAGGUCUGCCCAGGGGUUGAGGUGGGUCGCCGUUGGUGUAACAUUGAGGGAGAGCUCUGAUAUAUUUAUUUAUUUAUUUCUGUUUUCCUUUUUUA